GUUCGAAUUCUGUAUGUUCGUAAUCUCAUGUUGUCCACAACUGAGGAACACCUUCAAGAAAUAUUUGAAAAAGCUGUUGGAAAGAAAGAUUGUAUUGAAAGAGUCAAGAAAUUAAAGGACUAUGCAUUUAUUCAUUUCCGACAAAGGGAGGAUGCGUUGAAAGCCAUGGAGAUAUUAAAUGAUAGCAUCAUAGAUGGCUCUAAAGUGGAGGUAGUUCUUGCCAAGCCUGUUGAUAAGAGUGAGCACAGUCUGAAGGCAGCAAAACCUAAAAGUUUAACUCAGGUCAUUAGCUUUGAUGUAGACAGUUCUUACAUCUCCCCACUUUAUGGACAACUUGUAUCUGAGAGCGGAAGAGGAGUAGCCAGGCCUGUCGUUGCUGUGGGUGGUAGCGAGGCAGUGGUGCAGCUGGCUCUCGGGGUGCUGGCGGAAGCCGCAGUUAUAUAUCCACACUUGUGA